AUGAUUGCAUCGCAAAAAGAUGGACAGGAUUGGUGGAAAAUUGAACCCAAAUACUCUACUAAAGUUCUCAUUGGAAACUGGGUGGAAGAGAGGAAAAGGUUUAUAAAAGACACUGGGAAACUCGGCAGCAGCAUAUACAAAACAGACUUCAUUUGCUUCCCAGAUCACAAACCGGACCAAACACUAAGGAGAACCAUGAUGGGAAAAUUUGAGGGCCUGCCAAUGCAGCACUUCUUCACCCAUCAUGAGGAACCAAGAAGCCGAAAUUUAGUAUCGGAGUAUGACGAUAAAUACAAUAGACGCGGUUACAACCCUGUGCUGCCUCCCCUCCGCAGCUGGAAUGGACGCAAGCUCGCCUGGGUUCCUCAGAAAUCAGAUUUCCCCAUUCUUGAACCACCGACCAACUAUGGCCUUCUUGAGCUCCUCAUGAAAAAAUGGCACGAGGAAGAAGCUGGAGUGAUGAACAGCGUCUACACCAUUUCCUAUGAAAGCCCUCUGAUCUCUUCUUUUGUGACUCGUCAACUGAGACAACCAGCCAAAAUUCAUGACCUAAAAUUCAUUCCCAUUUGGGGACAUCUUCCCCAAAACAUCAGCAGAAUCCUGGACUAUGAAGGGGGUCAGAAAUAUCUGCAAGGCACCAGCAACUGGUGA